UGUGGCAACCGCAGUAAACGGAGUCCGUGGGCAGGUGUGACUAGAAACCAGCUGCGGUGGUGAACACCUCUGAAGGCAUGAAGGACCCAGAUGACCACGACACUGAGGGAGAAAGAUCAGGGUCAAGGAGUGAAGGCAGACACUCUUCCAGAUCCAAUUCAAGACAAGCUCCAGAGGACAUCACAGAUGACCUCUUUACCGAUGAGGAAGAGUCAUAUUUCGAUGAUGACUUCGAUUUGGAAGACAUAGAAGAAGAUACGAUUUCAUCUCAAGACUUUUAUCAGAGUGGCCGAUUAUCCCAGGAUAUUACUACUGAAGUUGAGAAAGAGCCAGAAGAGGUCGUAAAGAAGAUAUCAGAGAACUUCUUCUACAAUUACUCGGAACUUGUUUCCACACCCUAUGUGACUCCAGAAGCAGAUAUCCCACUGGAUUUUCUCACCCUUGAACAUUCUUUUGGCUAUGACUGCAAAAAACGAGCCAACCUACAACUUCUGGACAACAAUACAGUGAUGUACAUCGCUGGGAACCAACUGGUCCUGCUGGAUUUUAAAACCAAGGAGCAGAUGUACCUGCACAGUAGCAGUGGUGAAGGAAUUGGUGCCAUCGGGGUUCAUCCGGAUAAAACUUACUUCACAGUUGCUGAAAAAGGAAGUUUCCCAAAGAUUAUCAUCUAUGACUAUCCCUCUCUGAGGCCCUACAGAAUCUUGCGAGAUGGGACAGAGAAGGCCUAUGCUUAUGUAGACUUUAACAGUGACGGGGACUUGCUGGCCUCUGUCGGGAGUCACCCUGACUACACCAUAACCAUCUGGAACUGGAUGCAAGAGCAGCCCACACUGAGGACAAAAGCCUUUUCUCAGGACGUUUUCAAGGUCACUUUCAAUCCCGAAGAUGAUGAGCAGCUAACCACAUCAGGAUCGGGCCACAUCAAGUUCUGGGAGAUGGCCUUUACGUUCACCGGUCUCAAGCUGCAAGGGUCACUGGGGCGGUUUGGCAAAACAUCCACUAGUGACAUAGAGGGCUACACCGAGCUUCCGGAUGGGAAGGUUCUCUCAGGGUCCGAGUGGGGCAACCUGCUGCUUUGGGAAGGCAGCCUCAUCAAGGUGGAGCUCUGUCGAACUGGCAUGAAGUCUUGUCACCAAGGACCCAUUAACCAGAUAAUGCUGGAUGAGGGGGAAGUCAUCACCGCUGGGUCAGAUGGCUGUGUUAGGAUAUGGGACUUUGAGACCAUAGACACUGCUGACAUUAUAGAUGAUACUGGAUUGUUGGAGAUAGAGCCUAUUAAUGAACUUCAAGUAGGCAAGAAUGUCAACCUCUUCUCAAUGAUAAAGAUGGAUGAAAUUGGAAAUAAUUUUUGGCUGGCUCAGGAUGCCAGUGGAGCCAUAUGGAAGCUUGACCUUAGCUUUUCAAAUAUUACCCAGGAUCCAGAAUGUCUCUUCUCUUUCCAUUCCGGAGCCAUCCAAGCCUUGGCUGUCUCUCCUGUCACGUAUCUCAUGGCUACGACUGCCUUGGACUGUUUUGUUCGUAUCUAUGAUUUUGCCAGCAAGAUUCCUUUGAUUCAAAUGAAAUUCAAACAAGGAGGUACUUCCCUCACUUGGGUCCCGCGAACAGUAAGCUACGCUGGUGCACAGAUUGUCAUAGGAUUCCAAGAUGGUGUUGUUCGGAUUCUUGAACUUUAUGAUCCAAAAGGGAUUACACUUUUUGCAGGACGGAAGAAACUCUUAGACGCUGAGUUACAAAUGAAACAUGUCUUCAAACCCCAUACUGCUGAAGUCACGGCUUUAGCUUAUGAACGUGAUGGGGAGGUUCUAGCCACUGGGAGUAAAGAUAAAACUGUCUUCUUAUUUGAUGUGGAAAAAGAUUACAAGCCAAUUGGUUAUUUUAAUACUCCUGGGCCCGUUUGCCAGUUGAUGUGGUCUCCGUCCAAUCAUCCUGAAAGCACCUUGAUGACUCUCUGUGAGAAUGGCUAUAUUCUUGAAUCCCUCACUCCAACCAUUAAGGAUGUAGAUGAUCAUGAUGUCAUGUCCUAUGAAAUCCAAGACAUGGCUUUCAGAUGUUUCCAUUUCUCAAGUGUCAAAUCUAAGAUUCUGAGAUUAAAGGAAAUUGAAAGGAGAGAGAAAAUAAAGGUGUUGAAGGAGAAGGAAAAGGAAGCAAAGAGGAGGAAGCUAGCAGAACAAAGAGAAGCAUUUGGAGAAGAGGAAUUAGAGGAGGAGGAGGAGGAGAGCGAUGAGGAGGAAGAGGAGGAAGAGGAGCCACUGCCUCCCAUCUUCAUUCCACCAAUCCCCUCUCCCAUCCUUUGUGGCUUUUACUCAGAGCCUGGGAAGUUCUGGUUGUCAUUAGGCAACUAUGAUUCUGGUUUUCUGUAUCACUGUCAGUUCCCCCCCUUUUUCAGUGAUGGUGAUUUCGAAAGCCAGGAAGAUGAACCAUUCGAUUUCCGCUUUCUUGAAGAUACAGAAGACAACCCCAUCCAAACAUUCGCUUUCAGUUCUAACCAGACUAUGAUGUUCUGUGGAAUGAAAAAUGGAGGAAUUCGAGUGUAUGUCCUAAGUGAGAGUGAUCCCUUACUGACGAGUCUGAAGGACUACUGGCAUUUCAAUGUGCACGACAAUAAUUACGGAUGUGUUAAAGGCAUCUCUGCUAGUUUUGAUGACCAGUACCUGGUGACUGCUGGGGCAGAUGGCAACAUCUUUGUCUUCAGCAUUGCUACUCAAGUUGUGGUGGAGAAAGAAGCCAAAGCCAAAGUGCCAUCUCCCAGGUUUGGGAUUGAAUCAGAGCCCAUUCCAGAAGACAUUGAAGAUCCCAAAGCCUACAGUAUUGAGAAUGCCAGGAGGAAAAGAGAAUAUGACAAGCUAAUGAAGGAAGUAGAAGAAAUAAAAGCUGGGAAGAGAGAGCGUAUCAAGGCUUUGAGGAGUCAAUUUUUGAAACUGUUAGCGAUGAAUAAAGAACUACCGGUGCAUAUGCAGUUUCAACGGACAGAUUUCAAUAUUGAUGCCAUAAUUCAUGCGGAAAUCAAUAAGAAAACAAUUUUCAAAAUUCAGCAAGUGGAAAAGGAAUUAGCUUGGGAAAAACAGAAAUAUGAACUUGGCCUGAAGAAGCUCCAGAACAGAUUUCACGAUCCACUGGAAAGUGAUACUGUUGUGGUUUAUGCCAUCCAGAGUGAACACCAGAUAGCAUCCUACAGACUGGUGAAGCCCUCUAAGUACUCCAAAUUAAAACGACCAAGUCAGUCGGAGAGGAGACAGAGCAAGCUGGAGAGGUUUGAAAAGGAAGGGCCUGGAAGGAAGGAGAGCGUAAAAGAAACAGGUGGAAGUGUUUCCCUACAAGAAGAAUCAGUAAUAGAAAAAGGGAAGCAAUUUCGGCCUAGAACCUUAAGUGAAAUCAUGGUAGGAAAUCAAAUCGAGAAAAUAAAGAAAGUUAUACAAAAAGCUGAACAGGCCCAACACAAGAUUCUGCAGCGUAAAAAGGAGUGGGAUGAACUUUACAAGAGCAGGCCUGAUGAUGACUAUGAAGACCCCAAAGAUGUUCAAGCCAUCAAAGAAGCCCAAAUGUUCAUGGGGGAUUUUAAUCUGAAGACAGCCCCAGACUACAAGAUACCUGAGCACAUGAGGAUAAAUGCCGCCAAGAAGGAGGAGGAACUGGGGUACCUUGACACAAUGGCCCAUGGAAAGAAGAGGUACAUGAACAAGUGCAUCCUUUCCCUUCGAGAUCUUAAGUUGGCUGUCAUUGAGGAAAUCCAGUGCCUGGUACAAGAACUGAAGAACCUUCAGAUGUCCAUCCCCACAUCCAAGCACAUUUCCAUUCCUCAGAUCCCGCAGAUGUAUCCAGAAGAAGUCCCAGAAAGGAGAUUUCAAUAUGAUGAGGAAACACUCUUGAGAUUUAAGAGAAAGCAACAGAAACGCCAGGAUGAAAAGACAGAUAGCAAACAGAUAGGAUCUGCUAGCACAGGUGGAGGAGGGUUAGGGUUCCUCAAAAUGUCUCCUGGAAAGGAAGGAGAUCUGACAACACGAGACUCCCUGUCUAGGUCAUCCAAGGCAUUAACGUUCAUCAUGGAGCUUCCAAAGUCAUUAGAAUUUGAAAAGGCAGAGCCAAGUGACGUGGAGGUGGAGAUAAUGAAGAGAGAUGAGGUCAAACAUUUGUACAUGCAACAGUAUUUGUGCAACAGGAUCAAGGAAUUGAUUGUCACUUUUGAUGCAGAACUCCAUCUUCUGAGACACCGGAAACUGAAGCUAGAUACUAAGAUGAAACUCUCUGACCUACACCAUGUCACGCUAUUUCAAGAAAUGCUUCUCCUCAAGAAUUUUGAAAAACAGGAAAAUAUUCUUCAAGAGCGUGUUAAUUCCUUAGACAAAGAGGAGCAAGACAUGCAAUGGAAAAUAAAUGAAACUCUGAAAGAGAUGGAAGAGAAAAAGAAUGAAAUCACCAAGCUCCAGGAGCAGGAAAAGGCUCUCUAUGCCGGGUUCCAGUCAGCCCUUGGAGAAAAUAAUAAGUUUGCAAACUUCCUCAUGAAAGUCCUGAAGAAGAAGAUUAAGCGGGCGAAGAAAAAGGAAGUUGAAGGCGAUGCCGAUGAAGAUGAAGAGAGUGAGGAAUCCAGCGAAGAAGAGUCCAGCCUGGAGAGUGAUGAGGAUGAAUCGGGAUCUGAAGACGAUGUUUUUGAUGACUCUAUCUGCCCAACCAACUGUGAUGCGAAUCUGUUUGAACUGGCCCUCCAACUUCGAGAGAAAAGGCUAGACAUCGAGGAAGCCUUAGUGGAAGAAAAGAAAAUUGUUGACAACCUGAAAAAAGAAUAUGAUACAUGCUCCAAAAAAGUCAAAGUUGUGGCGACAAAUCUGAAUGCAGCUGAGGAGGCCCUGGAGGCUUAUCAGCGAGAGAAACAGCAGAGACUAAAUGAGCUGCUGGUUGUUAUUCCUCUCAAGCUCCACCAGAUAGAGUAUGUGAUAUUUGGGGAGGUUCCUAACGACCUUUCUGGGACCUUGGUCUUCUCUAACCACUCCCUGGGGCGGCUGCAAGAGCGAAUCGUACAGCUCCAGGAGGAAAAUGCCAAGCAGCAGAAACUUAACCGGGAAUGCAGGGAGAGGCGGAAGCUACUCAUCAGGGAGAAGAGAGAGAUGGCGAAAACCAUCCACAAAAUGGAAGAAACAGUCCGUGAGCUGAUGAUCAGCAAGUUUGGCCGAGUGAUCGAUCUGGAAGCCCUCCAGACACUCUCCGUGAACACAACACUCGAAGAACUGAAGAUCAAAAAGCUUCGAAAGGAACUCUCAAAUGCCAAGGAACUAAGGAUGUGGGAGGAAAAGAUCGCCCAGGUGCGCUGGGAGCUAAUGAUGAAGACAAAAGAACACACCAAGAAGCUUCACCAGAUGAAUGAUCUGUGCAUCGAGAAGAAGAAACUUGAUUCCAGGUUGAACACACUCCAGAACCAGCAGGGAAAUGCCUUCCAGGGCCCUCGGAAAGCAGAUACACUGGCAAGACAGAGGGUCACCGAGCUGGUCCAAAGCCAGUCAGAAAAGAUCUUGGCCUUAAAGGAGGAGAUUGCCCUUCUGCGGAAGAAAGGGGGGCUCAUCCUCCCGCCCAUCACGUCCACGCAGGAGAACGAAAUGAAGUCCAUGGAUGCUUAAACUCACUGUCUUCUCAUUUCCCACUCAAGAGCUGUGGCAGAACUCACCAGGUCUACUUCCUAUCACCCACAAAAAUCCUCUCAUUUAAAGUGAACCGUAGGGAGAGCGUAAAAAAGCACCCUGCCAAGUGAAUUAACACUAUUUUUCCAUGUUAGAAAGAGCUGUGACAUUUGACAUGUAAUUAUGGCUGUGUGAAGACAGGAUAGGCGGUUCCAGCCCAAGUUGAGCAAUGAAGAAGGUUAAAUCUCAUAAUUUAAGAAGGCAGCUGCUAUAUAUUGUGUCCUCAGAAUCAUCUGUUUUUCUGGUAUUCUGAAUAUUUAGCCACUGGCAAGAAAAACUAUUAUUCAGCAAUCAGUGAGAAAACUCCCUUUUCUUAGUCCUUGGAUCUUUAGAAAAUAAACUGUUUGUGUUAAAUAGUCUGUGAAAGGACAUAAAAGAAAAAAAAGGCAAACCAUCUUGGCAAUAAUAACUUAGAAUAAGAAAUGCAAAUGUGAAUGUUGUUAUUGUUGACUUCAUAAAGCAGUUAUUUGAGGGCUCGGGAUUGAGGAAAUGCAGACAGACACAGUUUAAACAGCUCGCUUUGGGUUGGCAGAGGCAGCUUCCUGAAUCACCCACCGUUUCUGCAGACUCCUCAAUUCUGAGGCUCACAUUUUCCAAAAUAAGUAAGGGACACUUUUCUCUAGGCUCUUUGCAACUCCAGCGGAAUUCUCCAUAACUCCCCUCUAGCUUUCCCAUGCCCUGUGCCUUCUGCUGGGGUUCACUUGAGCCAUGACUGGCUUGGAUCUAGGUGAGGAAGGGAUGAAUUCGAUUUCCAUCUCUCUGAGGGACUAAUUCUAGCAGCCAGUUUUGACUAUGUGUGACAUUUUCAACUCGAGUAUACUUUCCGCCUCACGAAGGGUUGAUUGAAAUUCAUGGCUGCACCCCUUGCAGAAUGGUCUGACACUUGACGUCCUUCCAGUAGUGACACUUUGGAGUCCCAGGUGUAUUGUUUGCACCUGCAUGAAUGGUAAACCUCUGCUGGUAGAGGGUGUACUACAGAACCUUUCCCAGUUUGUAUACUGCACAUCUGUGAGCACAAUUGUCAGCAAUGUAGACAGACACAUCUGUGCCUUUCCACAGUGUCAGAAUGUAUUGAAUAAUAGUAUAUUCACAAGCUGCAUCAGUUUUAUGGGCUACAAUUUACCAAGUAGUCUCAAUAGUCUCAGAAGUUUCCUCCCUAGCUGCCUGUUGACAUUUGUAGACUUUGGCAAUACUCUUACUUACUAAUGUUAGAUCUCAGAUCACAGGUUACAUUUCAUACAGUAAUGCCUACAGAUAGCUCCAAAGAAGUUAGAGGCCAAGGAGCUCAAAGGGGCCUUACUACAGGCAGCAAGGGAGCAAACAUGGAUGCAGAGAGUCAUUGCAAGUGGUCAGAUAUAGAAGCCAGUUGGAAGCCAAGCUCAGAUGAACCAAGUCAUGUGAUCCAGUCCAGUGAGCCAUCUGGCAAUAACUUUGAGUUUUGACCCCAGUAAAGUGGUUCUCAACCCAUGGUUUGUGACCCCUCUGGCAAAGCUCUAUCUCCAAAAAUAUUUAUAUUACAGUUUGUAAUAGUAGCAA